UUCAGUUGUUAUUAGCCAGCUGAGCUUGGUGGCUCAGUCUGUGUGUAGCCAACUCUUCUAACGUUAGUUCUAUGCAGGGAUGCCGAAUUGAUGACAGUAACAGCAAGGACUUGCUACAUUUGUAUUGAAACCUCUAGUUCUGAAGUUGUAGUUUAGUUGCGCAUGGUUUUUGUGAAGCAAUAGCUAAAAUGUCUGAGGGGCGGAAUGGACACGUUUGCAUGUAAACACAGUAACCAGUCYAAAGUAACACGUUAAAUGUGUGUUAUUCCCAAUGUGCAGGACAUUAUGAACAAACAAGAGGAGACAUGGGAGAAACUGGACUCAGAGUUUGACCAUCACCUGGUUGACAUGAAACCAUAUGUCCUAAAACAAAACAAGACAGAGCGCCAGCGAUGUGCCCUGUGGAUCAAGAAGCUGUGUGACCCAGGUGUAUCCGGCUCGGGCCUGAUGGGACGCAAGAACCGCAACAUGUACGCCCGCCUGCUCCUGCACAUGCUCAGAAGAGGGGUCCUGGAGGGCCCUUUCAGCCACAAGCCAGAGUCAGGCAGUCUCAAGACUCUACCAACAUAUAUGUCCAUCUACUUUGACGAGCCUCUAUGUGGCCGGGGCCUGGAGCAGAGCACUGCAGGCCUGCCUGACUGGGUAACGGGAGAGCUGGGCCAGGGUGAAGACUCCUGGGACAGCCUGCUCAGAGAGAGGGCCAGCUCCUCACCCAUAGCCUACUCUAACACACACAGGUAGGUUAUUCCCCAGCAUAGACUAGAGCUUAAGCUACAUACUCAACUGCUAUGCCUGCCAGCUACAGUAGAAGUCUGCUGAAUUCAAACACACACAAGUGUCUAUCCUGGAAUAGACCACCUCACCCUCUGGGCAAAAGUGUUUGAGUCAACAUAGUUUCCUAGUUAUUUCCUCUUACUUAAAAACCUCUUAGAUUUAAAGUCCCCUGUUUAUYGGACCUGUGUGAUUCUGCAUUGASUUUUCCCACAACCUAAAUGCUGGACUGCCCUUGAAUUUUGAAACAUUGUCUAGGCUACUCAACAUGUUUUUUUACAGUAGUUGCAUACAUACUUCAAUGUAAAAGAUAAACUGUCUGUUCACCUGUUAAAUCUGACUGUAUGUUAUACACCGCAUUGCACUGAGUGAUAGCCUUUAUUCCCAUGGACACAGUAGUAUAUUUUCUGAGCCUGUGUGACCUAGGAUGGGAAAUAUGAAACCACUUGAAGCUGGGAUGUCCCUCCUG